AUGGCCCGCGCGGGAGUGGCCAUCGCGGCGCUGGCGGCGCUGGUCGUGGCGGGAGCUGAAAUCCAGGAGGCGCCCGAUUCGAAGACCUGCGUGAAGAGGUCGCUGCUCGUGGGGCCAGAAAAGCUGCUGACAUCUUCGGAGGGAUGCGCUGAAGGCAACGCGGACGUGGACUGCUGCUCCAAGGUUCGAGACCUUUUUGGCGCAGCAGGGCAACUUGCGUAUUGCCUGUGCGAUGUUGACUAUUUUUCUCGCAUCCUCAUGGAGGUGCCUCCAAGACUUGGCAUAUUUCCAGAUAGCUACUUAGAUAUGUUGAUAAAGUGCGAAGUUCCAGUGAGAGGACGGCUGACAUGCCCAGGGACGGUGGAGGAAUUUGAUGCGGAGCCGCUGGUGAGGGAGCAAGGGCCUCUACUCGACCUGAUUUUUGGAGAACCUGAGCCGCCGCCGCCGCCUCCACCACCACCGCCACCGCCACCCUCUCCCAAGGCAACUUUGCCUUCGCUGAAGCCCUCUCGUAAGUUUGCCUGCCAUGGGUGUAAGGAAGCGCAGUGCGUUGGGGCACCCGCUGAGGUCCAGCCAAGGAAUCGACAUGUUUUCCCGUUCACGACGUUGGUCUUGGAGAUUUUGACGGAUUUCGAGACUUACAAAAUGUAUAUUGGAUUGCACUGA